CCAAGGCAAUCGUUGGACUGUGGGUGUUACUUGUGUUGCUCAGUCAGGCGUUCCUCGGCCUGCUUGUACUGGUAUGGCAACCGAAUUACAUCGACGAUUAUCUGUGGCUGACCAACGGAUUCUUCCAUCUACAACUCUGUACGAAAGCUCAUUUGCAGGCAACAUUCGCGGCCCCAAGUGGAACUGAUACAAAUGGAAAUGGGGUUGGAGAACGUGAUCACGACAUGCAUCUCGGCUACCACUUUCUGCAGUUCCUCGAAACAACCUUCACGCCGCUUUUCGACAACUCUGUGAGUUUCAUUUCCAGCCCGCAGUACUGCAACCCGGAGAUCGGAG